CCGUCACUUCCGCCCCGCCGUGGCCGAAACUGACACAAAGUAGCGGCCCGAGGCCCAGGGGGAGCUGGGCUGUAGCUGGGGUGGGGGGGCGGGAGCCCGCGGGGAGCCGAGCGCUCCCCGCCCCAGCCCCCGGCAUGGGCAGGACAGGGCCACCGGGGCCGGCGCCGGGCGCUGAGAGCUGAGGAGAGGAUCUCCCAUGGGCUUGCCAGGACUGCUGUGGGUGAGAUGGCAUUGUGUACAAAAAAGCGACCCCCAGCCGGGAUCAUGACGGUCCCCAAGGAGAUGCCCGAGAAGUGGUCCCGGGCAGGGGUGCCCCCCGCCUGGAGCCGGAAGAAGCCCUCCUGGGGGACAGAGGAAGAGAGGCGGGCCCGGGCCAAUGACCGAGAAUACAAUGAGAAGUUCCAGUACGCGAGUAACUGCAUCAAGACCUCCAAGUACAACAUUGUCACCUUCCUGCCUGUCAACCUCUUUGAACAGUUCCAGGAAGUUGCCAAUACCUACUUCUUGUUCCUCCUCAUUCUGCAGUUGAUCCCACAGAUCUCCUCCUUGUCCUGGUUCACCACCAUUGUGCCUUUGGUUCUUGUCCUUACCAUCACAGCUGUGAAAGAUGCCACUGAUGAUUAUUUCCGCCACAAAAGUGAUAAUCAGGUGAAUAACCGGCAGUCUCAGGUGCUGAUCAGUGGAAUCCUUCAGCAAGAACAAUGGAUGAAUGUCUGUGUUGGUGAUAUAAUAAAGCUAGAAAAUAACCAGUUUGUGGCGGCGGAUCUCCUUCUCCUCUCCAGCAGUGAACCCCAUGGAUUAUGUUACAUAGAGACAGCAGAAUUGGAUGGGGAGACCAACAUGAAAGUACGACAGGCGAUUCCUGUGACCUCAGAACUGGGGGACAUCAAUAAGCUAGCCAAAUUUGAUGGUGAAGUUAUCUGUGAACCCCCCAACAACAAGUUGGAUAAGUUCAGUGGCACCCUUUAUUGGAAGGAAAACAAGUUCCCUCUGAGCAACCAGAACAUGCUACUUCGGGGUUGUGUGCUUCGAAACACUGAGUGGUGCUUUGGGCUGGUCAUCUUUGCAGGUCCUGAUACGAAGUUGAUGCAAAACAGUGGGAGGACAAAGUUCAAGAGGACGAGCAUUGACCGUCUGAUGAAUACGCUGGUGCUCUGGAUCUUUGGCUUCUUGGUCUGCAUGGGAGUGAUCCUGGCUAUCGGUAACGCCAUCUGGGAGUACGAGGUCGGAGCACGCUUCCAGGUCUACCUGCCAUGGGACGAGGCGGUGGACAGUGCCUUUUUCUCCGGCUUUCUCUCCUUCUGGUCCUACAUUAUCAUCCUCAACACUGUGGUGCCCAUUUCACUCUAUGUCAGUGUGGAAGUGAUCCGCCUUGGCCACAGCUACUUCAUCAACUGGGACAAGAAGAUGUACUGUGUGAAGCGGCGGACGCCUGCGGAGGCGCGCACCACGACCCUUAAUGAGGAGCUGGGUCAGGUGGAGUACAUCUUCUCUGACAAGACAGGCACCCUCACACAGAAUAUCAUGGUCUUCAACAAGUGUUCCAUCUACGGGCGAAGCUACGGUGAUGUCUUCGAUGUCCUGGGACACAAGGCUGAGUUGGGAGAGAGGCCUGAGCCCAUCGACUUCUCUUUCAACCCCCUGGCUGACAAGAAGUUCUUGUUCUGGGACCCGAGCCUGCUGGAAGCAGUGAAGGUGGGAGACCCCCAUACUCACGAGUUCUUUAGGCUCCUCUCACUAUGUCACACAGUCAUGUCUGAAGAAAAGAACGAAGGGGAGCUAUACUACAAAGCCCAGUCUCCAGAUGAGGGGGCACUGGUUACUGCAGCCAGGAACUUUGGCUUCGUGUUCCGUUCACGCACUCCAAAGACAAUCACCGUUCAUGAGAUGGGCAAAGCCAUUACCUACCAGCUCCUGGCCAUUCUGGACUUCAACAAUAUUCGCAAACGCAUGUCAGUCAUAGUACGGAAUCCAGAGGGCAAGAUCCGUCUGUACUGUAAAGGAGCUGACACUAUCCUGUUGGAGAGACUUCACCCAUCCAACCAAGAACUGCUCAAUACCACCACUGAUCAUCUGAAUGAAUAUGCAGGGGAUGGUCUCCGGACUUUGGUCCUAGCCUAUAAGGAUCUGGAAGAAGAAUACUAUGAGGAAUGGGCAGAGAGACGACUCAGAGCCAGCUUGGCCCAGGACAGCAGGGAGGACAGACUGGCCAGUGUCUAUGACGAAGUUGAAAAUGACAUGAUGCUGCUGGGUGCAACAGCCAUUGAGGAUAAGUUACAACAAGGGGUUCCAGAGACAAUUGCUCUUCUGACUCUGGCCAAUAUUAAGAUUUGGGUGCUAACUGGAGAUAAGCAAGAGACUGCAGUGAAUAUUGGCUACUCCUGCAAGAUGCUGACAGAUGAUAUGACAGAAGUGUUUAUUGUCACAGGACACACUGUUCUGGAGGUGCGGGAGGAACUCAGGAAAGCCCGGGAGAAGAUGAUGGAGUCAUCUCGCACAGUAGGCAAUGGCUUCUCUUACCAGGAGAAACUCGAUUCUUCCAAGCUCACGUCUGUCCUGGAGGCCAUCGCUGGAGAGUAUGCCCUGGUCAUCAACGGCCAUAGCCUGGCCCAUGCCCUGGAAGCGGAUAUGGAGCUGGAGUUUCUGGAGACGGCCUGUGCUUGCAAAGCAGUCAUUUGCUGCCGGGUGACUCCCUUGCAGAAGGCUCAGGUGGUGGAGCUGGUGAAGAAGUACAAGAAGGCCGUGACCCUUGCCAUCGGAGACGGCGCCAAUGACGUCAGCAUGAUUAAGACCGCCCACAUCGGAGUGGGGAUCAGCGGCCAGGAAGGGAUCCAGGCCGUGCUGGCCUCCGAUUAUUCCUUCUCUCAGUUCAAGUUCCUGCAGCGCCUCCUGCUGGUGCAUGGGCGUUGGUCUUAUCUGCGCAUGUGCAAGUUCCUUUGUUAUUUCUUCUACAAGAAUUUUGCUUUCACCAUGGUCCACUUCUGGUUCGGCUUCUUCUGCGGCUUCUCGGCCCAGACCGUCUAUGAUCAAUAUUUCAUCACCCUGUACAACAUUGUGUACACCUCGCUCCCAGUCCUGGCCAUGGGCGUCUUUGAUCAGGAUGUACCCGAGCAGCGGAGCAUGGAGUACCCCAAACUCUACGAACCCGGCCAGCUCAACCUCCUUUUUAACAAGCGGGAGUUCUUCAUCUGCAUAGCCCAAGGCAUCUACACAUCAGUGCUCAUGUUCUUCAUCCCCUACGGGGUGUUUGCCGAAGCCACGCGGGACGACGGCACCCAGCUGGCUGAUUACCAGUCCUUCGCCGUCACGGUGGCCACCUCCCUGGUCAUUGUGGUCAGUGUGCAGAUUGGACUGGAUACAGGUUACUGGACAGCCAUCAACCACUUCUUCAUCUGGGGAAGCUUAGCUGUCUACUUUGCCAUCCUCUUCGCCAUGCACAGCAAGGGGCUUUUUGAGAUGUUUCCCAACCAGUUCCGAUUUGUGGGAAAUGCCCAGAACACAUUGGCCCAGCCCACAGUCUGGUUCACCAUUGUCCUCACCACGGUGGUCUGCAUCAUGCCCGUGGUGGCCUUCCGUUUCCUCAAGUUGGACCUGAAGCCUGAGCUUUCAGACACGGUUCGCUACACACAGCUAGUGAGGAAGAAGCAGAAGGCCCAGCACCGAUGCAUGCGGCGAGUGGGCCGCACAGGCUCCCGGCGCUCAGGCUACGCCUUCUCCCACCAGGAGGGCUUUGGGGAGCUCAUCAUGUCUGGGAAAAACAUGCGCCUCAGUUCUCUUGCACUCUCUAGCUUCACCACGCGCUCCAGCUCCAGCUGGAUCGAGACCCUGCGCAGGAAGAAGAGUGACAGCGCCAGCAGCCCUAGUGGGGGUGCUGAUAAGCCCCUCAAAGGAUGAGGGGCUGUGACCUGGGAUGCCCCUGUGGUGGUGACCAGGGACGUGCGGAGACUUCCUUUGCCUGGGUGCUGGACUUAGCCCCUGGGCACCAGCCUGGCCCUAAGGAAACAGUUCCUGAGAAUCUGUUUCCAGUUUCCCCUUUACUGGGUGGUGAUCCCUCUUGGUCUCUCACUACCAUUCUUCCCCUUCCUUUUUUGCUGUUCCCACCAAGAAUGGCUGAGAAAAUCCUCAGCUGAGGGGGGCUCAAAAGUAGCCAGUGGAGAGACGGAGAUAUGAGAGCAGGAUUGGGGUCAGGAAGGACCAGUUUCAAUAGGGAACACACACACGGAGCCCAAAACAGCCAAAAAAAGAGGACUAUUACAGAAAGAGAGCCGUUCUCACUCUGCCUGGGAGUCCACAGGUUGGGUAGAUGAAAGGGGAAUGUGGGACUCACUAAAUCUCCUUAUUUUUGUACUCCUACUCCUUGGAGGGGACCGCAAGAUUCCCUGCUCCUGAAUUACACAAGAAUGUAUUCUGCUGGAAAGCCCGGAAGCUGUUGGGGCCUGGGGCCCCUCACCCGUCUUGUUUCAUGUGUAGAUUCCUGUUUGUGUUUGGUUUGGAUUAUUUUCUUAUUUGCCGAGUGCAGGAGGCCUUUAUGGUGACUUCUAUGUUCUGGUUGGUAUCCUGACUCCUGAGGAAGGUGUGGAGACACGGCCAUAGGAGCCCUUGUCCCAGGACAUUGGGUUUAGCCCAUUUAGCAGAUUUGACAGUUGUGGGAAAAGGCCACUUUCAGGGCAGCCUGGAGGGGACUUACUGAUCCUUUCCUCUCCCUCAAUUGGGGUUCAAGUGCAGCACCCUCGUGCUCUAGCAUCAGGCAGUCAGUGCUCCCUGGGGCCUGGGUGAUGGCAGGGAAUAGAGUUGAGUCUUUUUUUAAGCUCCAGCCAAGAACAAGUUUGGCCCAGAAGAAAAGGGUGUGAGUUUUUCUUUAAUUUUAGAUCCAAAAAAUUUUGUAGUUAAACUCCCUCCUUCAAUACUCAAGUCUGGCUUCUGUCCCAAUCUCUGUGGAGAACACAAGAAAGGGAACUUGACCCUGUGACUCCACUCCUCCUUUCCUCCCCCAAAUAUGAAUUAGGCGAUCCCUGAUCCCCCCCCCCUACCCUC